UUUUGGUUUGGCCACAAUCCAUCCACCCCAUUCCUAUCCAUCAUCCUUCACCUUCUUUCUCUUUCUUCUCCUCCUCCUCCAGUGUCCUGAGAAAAAAAAUUGUCUUUUUCCCUUCUCUUGAUGGUUGCUGGCUGCAACCUUCGAUACACUUGAGCCGAGUGAAAUCUCCUGCCGGAGCGACUAAAGAUUGGAGAUUUCUGCCGUUUUGAUCCCCUUCUUUGGUUGAGUUGGUGAGCCGGAUUAUGAGAUGGGCUUCUUGGCGUGCUUGUUCCCGUGCCCUCAGGAGGAGGAGGACGACGAUGGGGAGGAGCCAAGAAGCGGCCAGCGAGUUAGCUCAGUGGAGUAUUCAAAAUCAUCAGAAAGUUGCCCACUGAAAACUGAAAGGUCGAUAGAUAUGAUUGGAAUCCGGCGAAAUAGGGGACAUGGUGAAGCAACGAUCUUCACCUUGCGUGAGCUUGCUGAUGCUACCAAAAACUUCAGCGAGGAGUGCCUUUUGGGCCGAGGAGGAUUUGGCAGUGUGUAUAAAGCAUAUCUCAAUGAUAGACAGGUUGUUGCAGUUAAACAACUUGAUCUAAAUGGGCUUCAGGGGAACAGAGAAUUCCUUGUGGAGGUUCUCAUGCUUAGCCUCUUGCAUCAUCCUAAUUUAGUCCAUUUGUUUGGGUACUGUGUAGAUGGAGAUCAGCGCUUGCUUAUUUAUGAAUAUAUGCCUUUGGGAUCACUAGAAGACCACCUGCAUGAUCUCCCGCCUGGUCAAGGACCGCUAGAUUGGACAACACGGAUGAAGAUUGCUGCUGAUGCAGCUGCUGGUUUGGAAUACCUACAUGACGAGGCCAGGCCAGCAGUUAUUUACCGGGAUAUUAAACCUUCAAACAUUCUUCUUGGUGAAGGUUAUCAAGCAAAGUUGUCUGACUUUGGGCUUGCUAAACUUGGUCCUGUUGGUGACAAGACUCAUGUGACAACCCGUGUCAUGGGGACACAUGGUUAUUGUGCUCCUGAGUACCUCUCAACUGGAAAACUUACAAUAAAAUCUGACAUUUAUAGUUUUGGUGUGGUCUUUCUUGAGCUAAUUACUGGACGAAGAGCGCUUGACAGCAAUCGACCUCCUGAGGAACAAGACUUGGUUGCAUGGGCCCGUCCAUUGUUCAAAGACAAAAGGAAAUUUCCGAAGAUGGCGGACCCCUUGCUGCAUGGCCGGUUCCCCAAGAGGGGUUUGUUCCAGGCCUUGGCUAUUGCAGCAAUGUGUCUGCAGGAGAAAGCCAAGAACCGUCCUUCCAUUAGGGAAGUUGCUACUGCUCUCUCUUAUUUAGCAUCACAAACAUAUGAAAGACAUAGUACUCCUGCUCCUCGCCAUAACCCGGCUGGCCCUUCUGUGCCAAGAGCGCUGCUGGAUGAUCAGAUUGACCAAGACACUUCUUUUCCCAAUCAAAAUGGGGCUCAUAUGUCGGUGCAUACCGGAACGAGUCACAUGGUGCAAGAAGAAGUUAAGGAAAAUUGCUGGAGCAGUUCUCAUCGAUCAGGAAGGGGAAGAGUUGCCCCGAACGGCGUUGAUAGAGAGCGUGCUCUUGCAGAUGCCAAUAUAUGGGUCGAGGCUUGGAGACGCCAAGAGAAGACGAGCAAAAUGCGAUUGCCUACAUACAUUUUGAAGAAUGGUUCAGACUGCAUAAAGUCUUGUUAGAAGAUGACAGCGAAUAAUGUGCAAUGAGUUUUUUUUCUGUAGACCUACACCAGAGUGAGCGCUUGGAAGGUUUCACCGGUGAUGUCUACUACAUCCAGACAUUGUUUCACUGCAUACAUGGAUUCUCAUUUCUCAUGUAGAUAAUGUAGCUUCUACAGGUUAAAAGUCACAGGAGGGGCUCUGUACAUACAUGUAAUAAUAAUCCCCAUAACAUAAGUUGCAGAGAGCAUACAUACACAAUACAUGUUUUUUCUUUA